AUGAAUCCAAAUUAUCAGGAUUACGUGCGGCGAGUUACUGAAGUUUUGGAUCAAACUGACAGUGAUAUAUCACUAAAAGAUGACGAUAUUGAGGAUUUACUUGCACGAAUAGAAAAUGGAGACAUUUCUGAAGACGAAGAGGAUAUGGGUGAUAUGAACGAAAUUGAUUAUCACCCGGACCUACAAGAUCUAAUAAACGAAUUAGAGGUCAGUAAUGAUGACGAUGAAGAAUACAAUGAAAAUCCACCUUCGAACCGGUUGGAUCACUUCAAUAGUCCAGCUCCAGGACCUUCGAAUUGUCAACCACAUUCAAGCCUUCUUGGUGUUGCAGCGUGGAGGCAACAAAGUAGAGAACUUAUAUGGAAAAAUCGUAAUUUGCAAUACAGUGAAGAACGUAUACGUUUCACAGGAAAUACAGACCUUUCCCCUCCACUAGCCGCGCUUGAAACACCAUUCCAAUUUUUCUCCGAAUUUAUGAAUGAGGAUAUACUCACUGUUAUUGUGGAACAAACAAGUUUAUACAUCACGCAAAAAAAUGUAUCCAACUGUCCUCCUGUAACUGCUACUGAAAUCCGUCAAUUUCUAGGUGUAAAAGAUUUUAUGAAAGAUUCUAUAGUACGAGGAACAUAUGAGGAACAAGUAGCUGAUUAUGAAGGCCUUGAUAUCUCGGUAACAUGCUGGAAAGAUAAUAAGGUUGUCAUAUUAGCGUUAACUUAUGUGGGCUCCGAACCAGCCGAAACUGUGAAUAGAUACGACAAGAAACAAAAGAAACAAAUUUCCAUAGCUUGUCCAAAAAUAGUCAAAGAUUAUAACGUCCAUAUGGGAGGAGUUGACCUCAUGGAUAGUUUUUUGGGUAGGUAUAAAAUCAGAAUAAAAAGUCGCAAGUGGUAUAUUAGAUUAUUUUAUCACAUGGUUGAUAUGGCAGUGAUCAAUUCUUGGAUACUGUAUAAGAAAAAAAACCCAAACCUUACCUUAGGAGAUUACAGAUCUGAACUUGCAGAGACUUUAUGCUCCUAUAAAAAGUACGAUACAAAUAAAAGAGGAAGACCCUCAAGCAAUAAUGUAGAAAGGCAGAUCGAAGCUAAAAAACACCGAGGUCCCGCUAAACCUGUCCCGCCAAAAGAUAUCCGGACUGAUGGUAUAGGCCAUAAAGAAAAAAGGUGCAGCGCUAAAAAUAGAUGCAAACUUCCAGGUUGUAAAGGAUUUUCACGGACUGAGUGCGUCAAAUGCAAGGUUGCUUUAUGUCAUAACAAAAUCGUAAUUGCUUUGCUGUAUUUCAUUCAUAAAUAA